AUGGCAUCAUCGUCGUUUUCUGGGCCGUCUAAGAGGGCCAAGGCACCCAGCAAUAUUAUCCAAGUCGCUCAUUGCUCAGUUGAUGGGUGUAAUGCGGACCUAAGUCUAUGUAGAGAGUAUCACCGACGGCAUAAAGUCUGCGAGAUUCACUCAAAGACCCCAAAAGUUAUGAUUGGAGGCCAUGAACUACGAUUCUGCCAACAGUGCAGUAGGUUUCAUUCUCUCAUAGAAUUCGAUGAGGGAAAACGGAGCUGCAGGAAGCGACUUGACGGCCACAACAGACGGAGAAGGAAGCCUCAGCCCGACCCUGUCUCAAGAACUUCCGGAUUGGUGUUUCCGAGUCGACCUGCUGUUUCAGGUACAAGACUUCUGUCAUUUAGUACCCCACCAAUACUUCCAAAUGCUGUCAUGAGCUCCUCGUGGGCUGGUCUUGUCAAACCCGAGAACGACACGGGGCUAUAUAACAGUCAACAGCUCUCAAAUUACAUCGAGGGACAAAACUCAUUCCCAGAAUGCUCUGCAAGUUAUAAGAGAGUAAAUCAACUUCAAUUCACGCAAGAAGAGGCUAUCUAUCAACAACCGGUUUUUUAUCCAAACGCAGCAUCAGCAAUUACUAACAGUGGCCCUAGUACUUUUUCCAAUGGGUUAAAUCAAGUCGUUGACUCUGAUCGUGCUCUCUCUCUUCUGUCAUCGACAACCCCUGUAACUCAUGAUUUUGGUUUGAACCAUGUUGUUCAGCACGAAUCAAUCCCCUGUGCAGACUCCUUGAUUCAAAGCUUGCACUACAGCAGCCUAGGACAAUAUCAGUUCUCUCAAGAAAUCGAAAGCAAACCAGUAGUUUCAGCUAGAGACUCCCAUGGUAGCAAUGCCUCUAGCCUUCAUUUCCAGGAUAUGUUUCAGAAUGGGACCGAGGGGACGUCUUCAAGUGGAUCCCAUCCAACGCUCUCGUUCAUGUGGGAGUAA